AUUACUACCGUAGUCCGGGACAUCCAGCGAAAAAAGCAAUUUGUGGUGCCACUGACGUGGCAGGUAUUUUGUUUUGAUUUGUUACGGCGAGGAUAUCGUGCAAUCCUACCGGCCCUGGCGACGCAACCUGCCCAACAACCCGGCGCCCUUUAAAAAGAAGUGAAAUCUCCGUGACCAAAUCACACGUUAGUGUACACAAGCAACGGCAGGGGUGGGAAGGAGGGGGAACACAGUUCGACAAAUCUUCGCAGCUAACGCCUACGGCGCCAUACGGAACAUCGCAGUAAAAAUAACACGUAAACACACGGCAAAACGGCAUCAUGGGCUUAACGAUUUCCAGCGUGUUAACGAGAUUGUUCGGCAAGAAACAAAUGCGCAUUCUGAUGGUCGGACUCGAUGCUGCCGGUAAAACGACGAUCCUGUACAAGCUGAAGCUCGGCGAAAUCGUUACCACCAUUCCGACGAUCGGCUUCAACGUAGAGACGGUCGAGUACAAGAACAUCUGCUUCACCGUGUGGGACGUCGGCGGUCAGGAUAAGAUCCGUCCGCUUUGGCGCCACUACUUCCAGAACACGCAGGGUCUCAUCUUCGUGGUCGACUCGAACGAUCGGGAGCGUAUCGUGGAGGCGGAAAAGGAGCUUCACAGCAUGCUGCAGGAGGACGAGCUGCGCGACGCGGUGCUGCUGGUGUUCGCGAACAAACAGGACCUCCCGAAUGCGAUGACCGCCGCGGAACUGACCGAUAAACUGCACCUCAAUCAGCUGCGGAACAGACACUGGUACAUUCAAUCGACCUGUGCGACGCAGGGCCACGGUUUGUACGAAGGAUUAGACUGGCUGUCAACCGAACUGGCCAAAAAGUGAUGAUAGAAUUAUUUUUUAAGACGCUGGUGUACCGCUUAUACAAUUUCAUUGUUUCAUAUAAAUAAAAAUAAAUAAUUAGGAUGGAACUUCCGACCAUUCAGCCCGAUAA